AAUGGGAGCAUGUUUUGAUAUGAGUAAAUGGAUGUUAAUUUAUAAAGUAAAAUAUAACGUUUAUAUUUCAGCAUUUCAGGUAAACGUGUUUGGAACUUAGUUUUAUUAUAACAUACUCAUUGUAUAUAUCAUGAUACAUUAAACGAACGAAGAACAUGAACACAUAAUGUGAACGCGCAGGUAUUUGUUUAUUGUUGUCAAUGAGUCAUAUAGGUGAACCUUGAGUCUCGCUCAAUAACUUGAAAAGUACAAAAACACGCAUCGUUUAUUCUUAAUCGAUAUUGUACUAAAGUGUUGAAUUUCAUUUGAAUUAUAAAACAGACAUUCCUUGCAAUAAUAUACUUGAAUAUUUCUUCAAAUUGUAAAGAUAAAAUGUCUGAAUCCACUAAGAAACAACACGAUACGGUAGCCGAUUUUCUUCUACAACUAAGCAAAGAAAAUCCAGAUAUGAAGACGAAAGUAAACGAGGCCAUUACCUACCUAAAGUCGAUAGUGUUAGAGUUAAACAUGUAUAAGGAUAUCUGCGAGAUGGGCAACACAAAACCAGGCAACGAGAGUCUUCAGCGUGAGUUAGAACAGCUACGCGCAGACCACAGUGUAUUGGCGAAAGAGCUCGACUACCACACACAGAAAGCAAAACAAGAUGCAGUUAAAACAAAUGACGGAUACCAGGAUAACAGCAAACUAAGAGAAGAAUGUGAAAACUUCAAGCAAGAGCUGGAAUCGCUUAGGACUGUUCACAGUACAACAAAACAAGAAGUUGCGCAAUACAAGGAAACAGAGAAGUCUGAAAGACAAGCAAAAACCGACCUUGAAAAAAGUGUGUCCAAACUUAAAGAAGAUUAUGAACGUCUCCGACACGAACUGGAAAAGCAAAGGGCGAAUUACAAUACAGCAAAACAAGAACUAGAGCAGUACAAGAACAAAGAGAAACUUGAAAGGAAAGCGAACUUUGACAUGAAACAUCGAGAGAAAGAGAAAAUAGUGGGGCAAGAACAAGGACAUUCGAAAGCGAUGGAAAAAUUACGGCAACACAAUAUACAACUGAACGAAGAAAAGGAUAGGUUACUUGAUCAGAUAAACGAAUUAAGAAACAGGCUGAGUGUCAUGGCUGGUCAUAAACUUACUGAUGGAAAUCCUGGAAUUGCUGAUCUGAGUGAUCCGUAUAGACCGACAAAUUUAGCAGAGCGAUUCCGACAAUUGUAUGAUGACGAGUGGACACAUGCGUUUGAAGAACUUGAAAAGCAUUUUACAAACAGAGAGGAGGAUGUUAUUAAUAUAUUAGCAAAUAUCAUCAAGGAUGUUGAUCAUUUUUGUGAUAGGGCCGGUAGACAACAAUUUGGUAGACUGAAGCACUAUGCAAAACUUGUAAUUCUAGAACCUCAUUAUCAACACGAUGGAAAAGAGAAACAACCAUUGAAAUGUGAUAGCAGUGUUGUAAUGAGCAAGGCACAAGAAGAAUUUACAGAUAAAUUGCUCAAAGAUUUCAGAAAGUCGCUUGGUAUUCUAUCCAAGACCAGACUGGUGCAGAUCUUUAAUGACGUGUGCAUGUCCAAAUUAAUGUGGAACAAUAGAAAGAUCCCGGUUUUGAAAGGUCUAAACGACUUCCUGGACAGAACGCUUGAGCUAGUCUGGAUGAUGAAAAUACAAGAUCCGCCAAUGGAAUUUACUUGGAGCAAAGAGGGUGAUAAGUUCGACAAAAAUAUGUACACACCGUACACUAUACGUGGGAACACGGUCGCUCAAUGUGUCUGGCCAGCAGUUGUUCUUCAUCGAGAUGGACCUUUAAUGUCGAAAGGUGUUGUGCAAGGGAAAUAAGAAUCUGAAUGUACGACCUUGUGUAUAUUGUAAAUAAUGUGGCUUUUUGGAUACAGUACUCUUUACAGAUAAAGCUUUUAUAAGUUUCUAAGAGACACUUGAGAGAUAAAGAUGCGUAGAAUCGGUCAUUAUUUUUUCUAAAUCCUCAUGACAUGACUAUAUUCGUUUCGGCGGAUAUACCUUCACAGUGUUGCCGGAAACCACAUCUUCCAGAAUAUGUGUACAUCUGCACGGAUAUACCUUCACAGUGUUGCCGAAAACUACAUCUUCACGAACAUGUUGUGUACAUCUGUAGGAUAUACCUCCACAGUGUUGUUGGAGACUACAUCUUCAAGAGCAUGUGUCAUCUGGACGGAUAUUCCUUCACAGUGUUGCCGGAAACUACAUCUUCACGAACAUGUUGUGUACAUCUGUAGGAUAUACCUCCACAGUGUUGUCGGAGACUACAUCUUCAAGAGCAUGUGUCAUCUGGACGGAUAUACCUUCACAGUGUUGCCGGAAACCACAUCUUCCAGAAUAUGUGUACAUCUGCACGGAUAUACCUUCACAGUGUUGCCGGAAACUACAUCUUCACGAACAUGUUGUGUACACCUGUAGGAUAUACCUCCACAGUGUUGUCGGAGACUACAUCUUCAAGAGCAUGUGUCAUCUGGACGGAUAUUCCUUCACAGUGUUGCCGGAAACUACAUCCUCUAGAACAUGUUGUGUACAUCUGGAUGGAUAUACCUUCACAGUGUUGCCGGAAACUACAUCUUCCAGAACAUGUUGUGUACAUCUAGAUGGAUAUACCUUCACAGUGUUGCCGGAAACCACAUCUUCCAGAACAUGUUGUGUACAUCUGGAUGGAAACACCUUCACAGUGCUACCGGAAACUACAUAUUUAAGAACAUGUUGAUUAAAUCUGCAUCAUCUAAUGACAAUAAAAUGACCAUUAAACACAUUUUAGUAUUUUACUUGGAAGAGAAAUUCGAAUUUAUUCUUUUAAUUUUAUGCUCUUUAUUUUAGCUUCUCCAUAGCGAAUUCAUUCUUUUAACUUUAUUCUCUUUCUUUUAGCUUCUCCAUGUAAAAAAUGAGAUUAAUAAUAAUAGGUCUGUGCAAAUUCAUGCGUAAAUGUUUGAUCAUUGAAAGAACAUAAUUUUCUUUAAUAGCUUUCAUUAGACUUUUGUUUGUAUGAUGAUACUAUAAAAGUCCUCUAAACUUCGUGAGCAUCACUUCACUUUACAUCGGAUCCCAAACAUUUAAAGUGCUUGCUUACCUAUAUUAAGAAUGCAUAUAUAUAAUUACAAUUAUCAAAAAUUA